CGUGAAUGAGAUGAGGUAGGGUGGGUAACCAAACGACUCGUGCUAUGCUUGCCAUUUUGCUCCUACUGCUGAACGAGAACUGACAACGGAACGAGACUACCCAUCGCGCAUCGUCGAUUCGUCGGUGGGACUGGGAUGAUGCGCCGGAUGCGGUGGGCGGAGGAUGGCGGCGGAACAUGGGAGCUGGAUAUGGAGGCGCCGGUCACCAUGGAGGGCGCGGCCCGGGCGGUCCCCGGCGAUCCCCUUCCGCUCGGCCUCUCCCGCGGACGCCGAAUCACCCGCCCCAAGCAGCUCGAUUUCAUGCACCGCUUCAUGUCAUCCCCUCUCGUCCCCUCCUUCUCCGGAUACCCUACCAACGGCGGACAGGGCCUCCUCUUCUACCACGCCUACACGAGUCAUCUCGCCGAGAACUGGUGUGCAACUAUCUUACAACAAAUAAAUGUACAGAAAUUUUUGCCCUUCAUCAAAGAAAUUUCAGCAAAUCAUCUCAAAGAGAUCCCAUGGCCUAAAACCAUCUGCAAGCACUUUGCUCAAAUAUUCUCAUGGGGCUUAGGUACUGAGUUCCUGUUGACUCAAGAUUCUUCUUUUCUUGUUGAAUUUUACAAUGUGCAAAAAAAUACCCGAGGGAAAGCGGUAUUUAAUCAAAAGCUUCGAGGGCAUAACCUAACACUUGAAACAGCCUGGCCUGGACUCUUUGUUGAUAGAAGUGGAACAUAUUGGGACGUACCACUAUCAAUGGCUAUUGAUUUUGCUUCAGUUUCCUCAGAUUCUGGUUUGAGCUAUCAUUUUUGCUUACAACAUAAUAGUGGGAAACCCAAACACUUUGGUGGUAAUGAAACAACUAGGAUACCUUCUUCUCUUCUACCUGGUUUGUGUGCAAGGGCUGCUCUUUCAUUCAAAAAUAAUUUUUUCUUUUGGAAAAAGAAAGAUGGCAAAUUAAAGAUGGUCCAGCCUUAUGAUCUAUUACUAUCUGAUCCUCAUAUUUCUGCAUCAGGAGUUAUUGGGACUGUAGCCAGUGUAUCUUUGGGAGAUUGCUCAGCACGGUUCAGUGAUGAAGAACGGUUGCACUUGCAGGCAUCCAAUGCCUUCAGGAUUUGUGCCCAAAGAAAUAAUUUGGCAGCCUUUGUUGACUUCUUUGCAUCUCUGUCUACUUCAGCUCAAUAUGGCAAUUUUCAGAGGCCUUUUCUUGAUCUAACAAGGUUAAAUGCCCAGAUGCAUUUUCCCUCAGGUUCAUCAUUUUUAAGUGGUGUUGCAGGUUUGGCCCAGAAUUUAUAUAACUCUCAAGAACUGAAUCUAGAACAACUUGGUGCGGUUUGUCCUGAGCUCACACUGUCUCUACAACAACAGAUAAUUGGGCCUUUCAGUUUUCGAGUAGAUUCCAGAAUUCUGUUUACUCCAAGUGAAAGAAACAAAGUUGCUCAAGUAGAGGAAUCAGUAUUUGCAAUUGACUGGGCUUUGAAGGUUCUUGGUUCAGCAAAGGCCACUGCUUGGUAUUCACCCAGACGCCAAGAGGCCAUGGUGGAACUCCGUUUCUUUGAGAGAUGAAAGGCGUGGCUUUCCCAAGUGUUUUCCGAGAGCUUCUAAAAUAGAACAAUUGUAAGAACAUCUUGCCCUUUUGUCAAUUUUCUAACAAUUUUAUGGGUCAGGUAGUCAGUAUCUUAGAUCUACAUCCUAUGCAGGCCUACUAUGUAUGAAAAAGUUAGUUUUUGAGAUACCAGCAACUCAUUUUUUGCCAUAUAGAAAGGAGACCUGGUUAUGGUUUCAUAGUUCA